GGCACUAGGAGGGAAGGGCAGAGACAGACUCCAGGUAGACUGAGGACCUCCGGGUUUUGCCUGAAACUCAAGUCACAGAGGUUUCUUAACCCGUGACAGCCCUAUCCUGCCAGGUAGUGAUGGCUUUCUAGUUAAGUAACCGCCAAAGCCUGGCUGCCUGCAUCUUCAGACCAGAGAGAAUUUGAAUCACGUCACAAGUGGACCCCCUUUUGCUCCCUAUAAUGGGAUACCCACCUGAAAGAUGUUUCAUAGGAAUUGACUCUGUUGACAGAAGCCAUGCCUGUUCCAGAGUCAGGGUCACAGAUGUUGGGGAAGGAGCUAAGGGAUUUGUGAGUGUGCUACUUCCUAACAGAUACAAUCUGUUCCGACUUGCUCUGCGUGCAGUAAACUCAGUUUCAGUUUUGCUUUCCACGAAUAAAAGAAACUAUAGGUAGUUGGUUCUGCAGUUGCCGGCUGCUGGGUUGCACAGCUGCUCAGGGGAACAGACCCAGACAGGACCAUGGCCUCCACGAGGACCCUAAAGGACCCCAGCUUUGGUCAGCACUUCAGGACGAUAGUGAUCUGCACGGUGCUCUUGCAGAUGCUCCUGCAAGCCCUGUCUGUGGCCGUGACUUACAUGUACUUCACUAAUGAGAUGAAACAGCUGCAGGCCAAGUGCUCUAGGAGUGGACUGUCCUGUAUGUUAAGGGACGGCGAUGAUCCUUGGGACUCCACUGAGGAAGAGACCAGGCACUGCUUGCAGGCUAAGAGGCAACUGUACCAGGUCAUUGAAGAGGUGUCUUUGAGAACCUUUGCAGAAACUGUUUCUACAACUCAAGAAAAGCAGCUAAGUAUUAGCCAUCCAUAUGGAAGUGGAAAACCUCAGCGAGUGGCAGCUCACAUUACUGGGAUCAGUCGGAAGAGCUACUCAGCCUUAAUGCCAAUGUCCAAGGAUGGAAAGACCUUGGGUCGGAAGAUAGAAUCCUGGGAGUCAUCGAGGAAAGGGCACUCGUUCCUCAACUAUGUGCACCUGAGAAAAGGAGAGCUGGUCAUCCAGAAACAGGGCCUUUAUUUCGUCUAUUGCCAGACAUACUUCCGGUUCCAAGAGAAUGAAGUUGAUUCCAAGACAGUCUCAAGGCAGAGAGGGACUAGCAAACAACUGGUGCAGUACAUCUACAAAUACACCAGCUACCCAGACCCCAUUCUGCUGAUGAAGAGUGCCAGAAACAGCUGCUGGUCCAGGGACGCAGAGUACGGGCUGUACUCCAUUUAUCAAGGGGGGCUGUUUGAGCUUAAAGAAAACGACAGGAUUUUUGUCACGGUGACAAAUGAGCAUUUGAUGGACCUGGACCAAGAAGCCAGUUUCUUUGGAGUCUUUUUAAUUAAUUAAAUGAUCUGCAAAGAUCAGACAGAAUUCUAUGCCCAGUCACCUAGGGUGAUGUCCGGGACUCAGGUUGUCACAAGAUACCAUGUGGAAGUCAAUGCUCCAUGCUUCUGUUGACUGUAAGGGGAAAGGUGGUAUUGAUGACUGCAGACACACAGCUGAGAGUCACAGAGGGCUUCUCUGACAACCCCUAAAAACUGCUAACAGCCUAGACAGGAAGGCACUGAAGUUCUUAAAAAUUGUGGUAAGGUAUUUGUGGCUAUUGUGAAAGGUGAAAUUCCUCUGAUUUUCCUCCCAGCUUCUUUAUCCUUUGUGUAUAGGAGGGCUACUGAUAUUUUUGAGUUGAUCUUGUAUCCUGCCACCUCACU